UGACCUUUUAUUUAUUUAAUUUUUUAUUUGUCAUUCAUUAAAAACAAAUAUUAUUGUAUUUUUAUCCCACCACAAUAAUCAAAGAGAUGCAAAAAUAUAAAAAACGGAUACAAAAUAGAAGAAAAAAACAAAAAAAAGGGUUAAGUGAGAGUCAUUAGUCCAUUAAUCAUCAUCAUAUUAUCCAAAAUCUGAAAACUGAAACAAAAGAAAAAACACAAAGAAAGCGAAAGAGAGAAGAAAAGGAAGAAAAAAAAUGUCCGGUAAAAGAAGAGUCUGGUCAGAUUCAGCACCGCUACUUGGCCAGCAACAUUCACAGCAAAAAUCUCAACAUCAAUAUCAACCUCGUUCAGUCUCUCUCGAGAUGACCACCUCUGCCGUCCCAGCCACCGCCCGCUCCGUCUUCCUCGGCAUCGACGUCGGCACCGGCAGCGCCCGCGCAGGGCUGUUUGAUGAAAAUGGGAAGCUUCUGGGAUCUUCGAGCAGCCCGAUACAGAUUUGGAAAGAUGGUGAUUGCGUUGAGCAAUCUUCUACAGAUAUUUGGCAUGCGAUAAGUGCAGCUGUGAAAGCAGCGUGCUCCCUCGCAGAAGUUUCCAAGGAAGAAGUGAAGGGUAUGGGGUUUGCGGCUACUUGUUCGCUUGUUGCAGUGGACGCCGAAGGCUCUCCUGUUACGGUUUCUUGGAGUGGCGAUUCAAGAAGAAACAUAAUAGUAUGGAUGGACCAUAGAGCUGUUGAACAAGCUGAAAGGAUCAAUUCACGUAACUCAACUGUAUUGCAGUACUGUGGUGGAGCUCUUUCCCCUGAGAUGCAGCCUCCAAAGCUUCUAUGGGUGAAAGAAAAUCUGCCCGACUCUUGGUCAAUGGUCUUCAGGUGGAUGGACUUGAGUGAUUGGUUAUCAUACAGGGCCACAGGAGAUGAUACACGGAGUCUGUGUACCACAGUCUGCAAGUGGACAUAUCUCGGUCAUGCACACAUGCAUCAAAACAAUGAGAAAGAUUCUCGAGAUAUGGAAGCUUGUGGAUGGGAUGAUGAUUUCUGGGAGGAGAUUGGAUUGAGUGAUCUUGUAGAUGGGCAUCAUGCUAAGAUAGGACGAAGUGUAGCCUUCCCUGGCCAUCCUCUGGGUUCUGGUCUCACAUCAACUGCUGCGAAGGAAUUAGGUCUUGUAGCAGGGAUUCCUGUUGGAACGUCCCUAAUUGAUGCUCAUGCCGGUGGUGUGGGGGUAAUGGAAAGUGUGCCUUUGUCUGAUUCUGAGCCUAAAGAGUCUGAUAAGGAAGCUCUAUGCCGUCGUAUGGUGUUAGUCUGUGGAACUUCUACUUGCCAUAUGGCCAUAUCACAGAACAAGCUUUUUAUUCCAGGGGUCUGGGGUCCAUACUGGUCAGCUAUGGUACCCGAACAUUGGCUCACAGAAGGUGGCCAGAGUGCUACUGGUGCAUUAUUGGAUUACAUAGUAGAAAACCAUGUUGCUUCUCCUCAUCUUGCAAAUCGUGCUGCUUCUCAACGUAUUUCUUUGUUUGAACUUCUGAACAAGAUAUUGGAAACAAUGAUGCUUGAUCUGAAGCGUCCAUUCCUUGCUUCUUUGACUGAAGAUAUGCAUGUUCUUCCUGAUUUUCACGGGAACAGGUCACCAAUUGCAGACCCAAAAGCGAAAGGUAUGUUGUGUGGCCUAACACUUGAUACAAGUGAGAAGCAGUUGGCUCUUCAGUACCUUGCCACAGUACAAGGUAUUGCAUAUGGUACGCGUCACAUUGUAGAGCACUGCAAUGCCCAUGGUCACGAAAUUGACACAAUACUAGCAUGUGGAGGCCUUGUUAAGAAUGCGCUAUUCAUUCAAGAACAUGCAGAUAUAAUCGGUUGCCCUAUAAUUCUUCCACGAGAAAGUGAGCCUGUGCUCUUGGGUGCUGCUAUUCUUGGUGCUGUUGCUGCAAGGAAAUAUUGUAGUCUGCAUGAGGCAAUGAAGGCCCUAAAUGCAGCGGGUCAGGUCAUCCAUCCAUCCAAAGACCCUAAGGUGAAGAAGUACCAUGAUGCCAAGUACCGCAUUUUCCGUGAACUUUAUGAGCAGCAGCUAUCUCAUCGUUCCCUAAUGGCUGAAGCCUUGGCGUAGGUUCUUUGUGUCAAACUGGUGGCAGUAGGAUGGUCCUCUGGCUCAAUUGCUUCAUUUCUGUCUCUGGGGGCCCUCUGUAUCGGAAUCGAAAACUGCUUGGCCUUUGUGAAGUUACAUGUUUGAACAAAACAUAAUUUUUUUAUGUAAAGCAAUGACUUGAGCAACUCAUGAAGGAAGUUUUUCAAAAGCCAAAGGAAUGUACAGGUGAAGCAGGGCCCAAAAAUUGAAAAUUAGUACAGAAAGAAUAUGUAUUGGCUCAUUUUGCCAAGUAGUUUCUCACUUUGUCGUUCAUAUUUGAAAUAAUAAUACGACAGCCAUUUACUUUCACAAAGUGCUUUGUGCCUUGUAUAAUCCAUAAUAACCUUUUGAUGUUAAUCAAUUGUUGAUAGCAAAAUUCCAACAA